CCAUGGACUGAAAAGUAAUGUAGAAGACAGUCAUUGCACUAGUUUUGGCUUCUACCACUCCCAGAUCAUGAGCAAAGUCACUGGAAUUGCAAGCUGUCCUUAUUAGUGCAAGAAGAAACCAGCUACGAAGGCAACAUGGAUUACAAAGAAUUACCUCUUGAUGAAUGGAACGAGAGUCAUGUUAAGUGCUGGCUAGAAUCCGUUGGAAUUAAAAAAGAGUAUGUAGAAAAGCUCUGUGAAGAGGAAGUAACCGGUCCAACUCUCAAAGUAUUAGAUGAGCCAUUCCUCAAGAGAAUGGGCAUGAAACAAGGCCAGAUCCAUAUACUAAUGCACAAAAGAAAUCAACUUUUGCAGCAGAAUAUUGGGAUACAUGUCACCAAAGUAGUUAAUGACAACAUUAAGGCUGUGGAUGUAUCAGUCAGCAACAAAACCAAUUCAGAUAGGAAAAACUCCAAACCCACAGAGUUGGACUCAUCAACCCAAGAGAAAAAAAGUGUUCUAGAAGAAACCAAACACAAACAAUCCAAUAUUAAACCAGUUUUGCUAUCACAUGGAGCUUCACAACAACAGUGCUCAAAUGAGAUGGACAUGGCACAUACAAUUUCUGCUUUUAGCAAAAUAGAAAGCACAACUAAUACUUUUGUUCUGGAAGACCAAGUACGCCUGAGCCCAUUCAGGCCAUUCAACAGUGACAGCAUUAAUUUCAAGUAUGUUAGAAAUACAGUCCUCAACCCAGAAACAGGAGUUCUCAAUCUAAUUAGCCCUUGCCACGAAUACAAAUCUUUUGCUACAGCUGCAAAGCUGGACAGACUAAGACUGCAAGCAAAGCUUGCCCAUGAGGUGAUUAAGUUUGCUUCUGCUUGCCUUAAUGUCCGAACAAAUGGUACUAUUCACUUUGGAAUCAUGGAUAGUGUGGAGAAAAAGGGCUGGAAACAUGGAGAGAUAGGUGGGAUACAGAUAAGUGACAGAGACAUGUAUGUGGAUGCUUUAGAUUACAUAGGAAGAUGCUUUGAUUCAAAUCUUCAAGAAGCUGCAAGACUUUGCAUUCACCCUCCUGUUUUCAUUGAAGUUAUUCAAAAAGGCACUCACGAGCAAUAUUUUGUAGUAGAAGUUGACAUUGAACCAUCAUCCAACAUUGUAAAAGGGAAGUUUUUUCAAGUUCGUCUGCCGCAUUUUAAUGAAAAAAAUAAAAAGGUAAACUUUGACAAGGAUAAAAUUGCCUUUCAAAGAGUUGGUUCAAAAUCUGAACCAGUAAAGAAUGAAGAUCUAGUGACAUUCAUUCAGGAGUUACAAGAAAGAGAUGCUUGGAGAGAAAAGGCUGAAUUACUUAAUCAUGAAAAUCAAAUCGAUGAGCCUCAAAACUUAGGGCGAAAAUUAUCCAUCUUAUUGACAGAUGGCAAAAACUACAUGGAUGACACUCUGUGGUAUAUUCUUGUUACAAAUAAAUGCAGAGAGGAAGACCUCAAUUCUAUUAACUUUUUGAAGUACAUGAACAUCUUCUGUGUAUUUGACUUUGAUGAGGACUCCAAUGUAUCAGGUUUGUACUCCAAGUACAAAGAACACCAUGCUACCAGCUCUCAUUUCUUGCAAAACUAUUCUAAUGACAACAAGAUGAGCACAACUGAAUUUCAAAAACAUAUGUGCCUAUUUGUUAAGAAAAGCUGGAUAUUUUGCAAUGGACGCAGUGACUUCCUUGGGGAUGAGAAACCUUGUGAUGAAAACACUUGGAUUAGAGUCAAGAGGAAGUAUAUGAAGAAAGCAGUAUCUUUUAUCUGCGAUGAGCUCCUUCCAAAGGGAUCUUUUCUAGUGCUUUUUCUACUGCUAUCACCUGUGGAGAAACCAAUUGUAGACACUUUCCAUGAAUUCUACAGUGAAAUGAAUGGCAUGGAGUUCAUAAUAUGCCUUGCUGAGUCCAGAGAAAACUAUGAGAAGUGGGCUAAUUUGGCUCAGGCAUCCUGCAGCAUUGAGACACUAGAACAGAGGAGUAUCGUAGGCAUGAAGCUAAGCCAUGUAGAUGCCACAAUCCAAAACAUGCUGCCCUCUACAACGAAUUGCACACAUUUACCAGUUUCCACAAAGGGGCUGUGCUCACUUCCCACACUGGAAGAAGAGAAAAUGUUUUCUCUUGAAAUAUUGUGCGCUGAUCAAUGUGAUGAUAUCAAACUAGAUCUUCUGAGUUCAAGAGAAAUACAGGAGAUAGAUGAAAUGUUUUAUCGAGGUAAAAAAGUCAGUUGGAAAAAUUUCUGGCUUGCUGAUAAAAGGAAGUGUGGAGAGCUUAUUGAAAGGGAAGCUUGUAAAGAAGUUUCUAGAAUGUUGAAUGAUUGUGUGUGGGGGAAUCGGUUCAGGUAUCCUGUGACUAAACUGAAAGUGUUCCAUCACCCUGGGAGUGGAGGAAGUACCAUUGCAAGGCAAGUGCUGUGGAAACAACGGAAGGAUUUACGAUGUGCUGUUAUCAAAACAACAUACCCGGUUGCUACUGUCUGUCAGCAUGCAGUUGAAUUCCGACAUUAUGAUGAAAAAGAUCUCAAAAAUGCUCUCCCUGUCCUCCUUUUGGUGGAAGAUUAUGAUGAAGACUACCUUGAUGAAUUAAAUUAUUCUUUAGCCGAUGCCAUGGGACCUAAUAAACGCCAUCCUUCCAGGCCCUCUUUCAUCCUCCUUUGCUGUAAACGAUCCAAUGACCCCAAAAAGCUUUGCAAGGUUUCUGCUCAGGAUACAGUCGCUGUCACUCAUAAAUUGACAGACCAAGAGAAAAACUUGUUCAGAACAAAGCUAGAAAAAUUUGAAAAUCAGAAGGAUUUUAAGUUAGAAUAUAUCAUUACAUUUGUCCUCAUGAGUAAUGAAUUUGAAACAGAAUACGUGAGAGAAUUUGUAGAGCAUCUGCUCAAAGAUAUAGACUUUUCUUCCCGUGAAACUACUUUGAUAAGGUAUGUUGCCUUGCUCAAUUUCUACGUACACAAUUCAUACAUUUCUUUAUCCCACUGUGAAGCUUUCUUGGGGCUUAGGGCAUAUGAAGAAGUGAGAAUGAGACAAUAUGAUUUCAUAAGUAACUUAAGUGAACAGGCAUGGCUUAUUUUCAUUGAGUUGAGAGAAACCACCACUUAUAUUUCAUCCAUUCAAAUAAUACACCACCUGGUUGCAAAGGAAAUGCUGAAUCAGCUCUCUGGACGUCGGACUCAGAGUGAAAUUGCCAUGGAACUUCUCCAGGAAAAGGCAUUUCUUCAGCAUAGGUUUGGGCGGGAAGAGUUUAUAAAGUUCAUCAGACAUCUGUUUAUAAAACGUGAUAAAAAGAGUAGAGGAGAUAACACUGAUAGCCUUUUCUCUCCAUUCAUUGAGCACAUCUGUGACAAAGAAAACCCAGAAAAAGCCAUAGAUGUCUUAAAAUAUGCUUACGAGUGCCUGGGAAGAGAUGCUUUCUUUGCCCAACAACUUGCCAGACUACAUUACAAUUAUGAAAAAUUCGAAGAUGCAAAAUACUGGGCAGAAAUAGCUAAAUCUCAUUUGCCAAAUGAUUCUUUUAUUUUAGACACAGAGGGACAAGUGUAUAGGAAAUGGUUUAGCUUUAGAGUGGAAAAAAAAUCAGAUGAAGACACUCCUGAAGACAUCAUUCAAAUUAUAGAAAUUGCUCUUAAAGCUAUGGAGUGCUUCAGAAAUGAACAGCAAGCCGCAAAGUUUGAGAAAGACAGCAUGAAUAACUCUGGUUAUUUUGGAGAAGUAGAAGUGGGAUGCCGUUUACUGAAACUAUUAUCUACACUUGAUAUAUUUCCUAAAAAUACAAAAGGCGAACAUCCUGAACUUCUCCAGUAUUUACUUACAGACUAUAUACCAGAAGACAUUAAAAAGCCAUGGCGAAAACUUCACAGUCGCUUAAAAGGCCUACGCCAGAAUAUUUAUAAUGCUCUGGACUGGAUUUCAGAAGAUCUAAGUUAUUUCCAAACAGAUAAAAACCAAACAGAUGAUAAUGAGAGAGAAGAGCAAGUGCAUAAUCCCAGAGGAUGGCUGAUAAAGCUAUGUAAGAAGUACGCAACAUUCUUUAGUUCAGAGACACUUAUUCAAGAAAAAGGUGCAAGAUCUAAAAUCCAGCUGAUCAGACAAAUGAAUAUUUAUAAACAUGGUGGUGGGAAUGUCACUACUAUUCUGUCAUUCCUAUCAGAUAAUAAUAAGAAUGAUAAGAAAUCAGUUGAGAAUCUUGAAAAAAUAAUAAGCUUCUACUCAGAAGAUCCACAGAAAGAGAGUCUAGAAGACACAGACCUUGCAAAUUAUAUAUUAUGUCAUUUUACACUAGCAUGUCUGUCCCCUGGCUCUUCCAAGCUCCUUGACCUUCAAAAACUUCGAGAACUCAGCAAGAGAUUCUACACAAGGAGAAAAACAACAUUUCCCGCAAGUGCUUAUUUUUUGCUUACUUUACUUUACUGGCCUGAUGCUGCUUUGGACAAAGACUCUAACUCUGAUAAAGAUGAUAUAUUAAAAUCAGCCCUUGAUACCUUGAAGCGCUUAUAUGACAUCAAAAUAAAAGACGUUGCUCCAAGGAAGAAAAGAAUCUACACAAUAUUUUUCUUGGCGCAAGGCUAUGGCCUAAGGAAGAUUGUGCCCAAGACAAAAAUUGAUAAAUUAAUGAAGGGCUCCCUGGAUGAACGGCGAAAAAACUGGCAAAACGGGGAAGUGUGGAAAAUAGGUGAAGUACAUAAAGUCCUAGAAAGAGUGGAUGGAUGGACAGAAGACGGCCGGGUUUUUGCAGUGGGUCACUCUGGACGGAUUCCAAUUUUACCUUUACAUUUUGAUUCAGUGCCGCCAGGAAAUGAAAAUGUAAAAUUUUAUCUAGGUUUCUCAUUCAAUGGACUUGUUGCCUAUGACAUUCGGAUAAAAAUGUAGGAAAUAUCUCAAUAUCCUGCAAGGUUUAAGGAAUCAGACUGCCCACAGUACCAGGCCUACUAUUGUGCUUGAGUUUACAUUUCUCUUUGCAGGGCCUCUUUAGAAACAAUUUCUAAUGACCAGUCUAAAAUUUGCCUAGCAUCUCAAACAGGCAGGACUAUAUAUAGUCAAUGUAUACUCUCUUUCUGAGCAUGUAUGGAAGCAGGGAAAUGGGUCCAAAUACAAAUUUUGCUGCAGCCUAUUGGAAAAGCAUUGACUUUUUAUUCUCUCAGUAUUUUAACAGUCUAUAAAUUAAUUUUAACUUUGCUGUUUUAAAUUUGUAUUUCUGCACUGCUGCUGAUUCUAUCCUGGUUGUGCUUUUAUAUUGUAUUUUAUAUCAUGUUUUUAUACUGUUGUUUUAUACUUGGAUUUAAAUUCUUGUGAACCGCCAGAGAGCUUCGGCUAUUGGGCGGUAUAGUAAUGCAAUAAAUAAAUAAUUCAAUGGC